AUGCCAACGACGAAGAAAACACUGAUGUUCUUAUUGAGCUUUUUCACAAGCUUUGGGGCGUUCGUCGUCGUCUGCUCUAUGCUUGGGACCCAAGAAUGGGUCAGCAGCAUAAUUGCCAUCAGUGACUCUUCUUCAAACGGUAGUCUUGUUAUCGUCUACGGACUCUUCCGCGGUAACAGUCGUCAGGAAUUCAGUCAUGGACUUGAGGAAUCAAAGAAGGACUUUGGAGUUUUAGAGAAAUUGAACAAUUCUUCCCAAAGAACGCUGCAUUUGGUGGUUAUCCUGUUCCUGGUCCUCAGCCUGUGCACUCUGCUGCUCAGCUCUGGGCUCACCUUCUACAACAGCAUCAGCAACCCCUAUCAGACGUGUUUGGGGCCAGUGGGCGUGUACACCGGGAGCGGACUUGGCGCCUUCUUCAUUUUCAUGAGCAUGAUACUGUUUGUGGGGAACACACAAUCCAACCAUCUCUCGGAAGACCUGGCCCAGACGCUGUACCAGCCGUAUCCAGCAGCUGCCUACGGAGGAACGACCCACAGCUAUGGUUACUCGUUUUGGCUAACACUGCUUGUCAUUCUUCUAAGUAUUAUCACUGUGGUCAUCAUUGUUUUCUACCAGAAGGCCAGAUACCAGCGAAAGCAGGAGCAGAGAAGGCCCAUGGAAUACGCUCCAAGAGAUGGAAUUUUAUUCUGA